UUAACACAGACAGAAGAAUCGUAUAAUAGGCAUACAGUAGUUGAGAGGAAUUUUACUGAAGAACUUCGUUGUGAAGACUGAGGAAAAGCGGAGAAAAUGAUUUGCCCAGCGUGCAGCUCUAAUGGUAGAUAUCGUCAAUUCUACCCGAGUAUUUGCACAAGGACAAGUAUGGAUGCCACACAAAAGCAAAUCGGAAUAUAAAUGGCCAAACACUGCGUGGUUCAGCAAAAGAAAGAAUAUCUUAAAUAUUGAAAAGUUUUGAGAGCAGUAGGAAAUGAAAGAGCUCUUGAUGCUGCAAAAAGAGGAGAGAAUGGAAAGAGUCAAAAU